ACCGUCGGCGGUGCACGGGCGAGAGUUGCUUCAUUCAAAAAGCCCGCAGACCUCCACGCACUUGCGCCGUUGUUGUGCUUGUUCUCGCUUUGACAGUAUAAUUACCGCUUCCCCCUCCACCGUCCUCCACCCCGAGCCGACAGGCCACCACUCUCUCAAUAUGUCCGAGUCCAAGGACAAGCAGCAGGACGAGAAGCCGCAGAAGACGGAGCAGCCCAAGGAUGGCAUUCCAGAGUCGCACCAUGCCGAGAAAUACGAAAUCUCCAAGGGCUUCCAUGACAAGCAUCCCAAAAAGCCGCAUUUGGAUUCGCUCGAGCACUACCAAAAAAUGUACAAGGAGUCCAUCUCCGACCCCCAGAAGUUCUGGGCGAAGCAGGCCCGAGAGCUGCUCACGUGGGAGCAGGACUUCAAGACCACACACACCGGCACCCUCGCUGGAGGCGACAGCGCUUGGUUUCAGGAAGGCAGGCUCAAUGCCUCCUACAACUGCAUCGACCGUCACGCCGCCAAGAAUCCCGACAAGCCAGCCAUCAUCUACGAGGCUGACGAGAAGGACGACGGCCUCACCGUCACCUACGGCGAGCUGCUCCGCGAGGUCUCCAGACUAUCCUGGAUCCUCACCCAGAUGGGCGUCAAGAAGGGUGACACCGUUGCCAUCUACCUGCCCAUGAUCCCCCAGGCCGUCUACGCCUUCCUCGCGUGCGCGCGUAUCGGUGCCAUGCACUCCGUCGUCUUUGCCGGCUUCAGCGCCGAUUCUCUGCGCGACCGCAUCAUUGACGCCAAGUCCAAGGUCGUCAUUACCACCGACGAGGGCAAGCGUGGUGGAAAGACGAUCAGCACCAAGAAGAUUGUCGACGAUGCCCUGAAGCAGUGCCCGGAUGUCAGCCACUGUCUGGUGUACAAGCGCACCGGGACCGAGGUGCCCUUCACCGAGGGCAGGGACUACUGGUGGCACGAGGAAGCCGAGAAGUGGCCGUCCUACUUUGCGCCGGUGAGCAUGUCGUCGGAAGAUCCGUUGUUCUUGCUCUACACGUCUGGCUCGACCGGAAAGCCCAAGGGUUUGAUGCACACCACUGGUGGCUAUCUCCUCGGCGCCGCGGCUACGGGCAAGUACGUCUUCGACAUUCACGACAACGACGUCUUCUUCUGCGGUGGUGACGUCGGUUGGAUUACCGGGCAUACUUAUGUCGUCUACGCCCCUCUUGUGCUCGGCUCUACUACCGUGGUGUUCGAGGGUACUCCCGCCUACCCCGACUUCAGCCGGUACUGGGAGGUCUGCGACAAGCACUCCGUCACCCAAUUCUACGUUGCCCCGACCGCGCUUCGUCUACUCAAGAGAGCGGGUGAUGAGCACGUCAAGCACGAGAUGAAGAGGCUCCGUGUCCUCGGCUCGGUGGGAGAGCCGAUCGCAUCGGAGGUAUGGAAAUGGUACCACGAUAUUGUUGGCAAGAAAUCGUGCCACGUGAUUGAUACAUACUGGCAGACGGAAACGGGCUCCCAUGUCAUCACUCCCCUCGGCGGCUGCACUCCCACCAAGCCAGGAAGUGCGACGCUCCCCUUCUUCGGUAUCGAACCCGCCAUCAUCGACCCGGUCAGUGGCGAAGAGAUCCACGGCAAUGACGUGGAGGGUGUCUUGGCGUUCAAGCAGCCUUGGCCUUCCAUGGCGAGGACUGUGUACGGAGCACACAAGCGUUACAUGGACACGUAUCUCAACGUCUACAAGGGCUACUACUUCACCGGCGACGGCGCGGCGCGGGAUCACGAGGGCUACUACUGGAUCCGUGGUCGCGUGGAUGAUGUCGUCAACGUGUCGGGUCACCGACUGUCAACGCAAGAGAUUGAGUCGGCUUUGAUUGAACACAAGGCUGUGGGCGAAGCGGCGGUGGUCGGUGUGAAUGACGAGCUGACGGGACAAGCGGUGAACGCGUUUGUGUCGAUCAAGGACGGGAACGAGAUCAACGACCAGCUGAAGAAGGACCUCAUCGCGCAAGUGCGGAAGUCCAUCGGCCCGUUUGCCGCGCCCAAGAAGAUCUACACCGUUCCGGACCUGCCCAAGACCCGGUCAGGCAAGAUCAUGCGUCGUAUCUUGCGCAAGAUUGUGGCUGGCGAAGAAGAUCAGCUCGGCGACACGUCUACGUUGGCCGACCCGUCGGUGGUGGACACCAUCAUUGAGACGGUGAAGGAGGGCAAGGACGGGAAGGAGGGCAAGGAGAAGAAGUAGGGGAUGAUC